AUGGAUUGGACGUGGACCGGUGGAACAGGCAUCAAGAGUUUCACGAACCUCCAGCAGAACGACGGCGCCAAUCAGCAACUCUCAGCCAUUUCUUCUAUUCAGACGACGUGGGACUGGUCAAUCUCGAGUAGCAACAUCGUGGCGGAUGUUGCAUACGAUACGUUCACGAGCGCAACCUCCGGCGGCUCUGCGGCAUACGAGAUCAUGGUGUGGCUGGCGAACUACAACGCGGGUCCCAUCUCCUCGUCCUACGAUUCCUCGGGACAGCCUGUUCCCGUGGCGUCGAGUAUCACUAUCGCUGGCCACACCUGGAACCUUUACUCGGGAAGCAACGGCGCUAACGCCGUUUUUUCCUUCCUUCCUACGUCGGGAGUAAUCACCUCUUUCAGCGGCGAUCUGAUGGACUUCUUCUCGUACCUCAUCGACAACCAAGGCCUUUCCUCAUCUCAAUACCUCACCACCCUCCAAGCCGGUACGGAGGCUACGUCGGGUACCGCCACUCUCAAAACCACGUCGUACAGCGCUACCAUCGCCUAA